UUAACCCUUUCUGUUCUGUGGCUAUAUCAGUUCGGGAUGCCUGAUGUCAUCUGUCGUUUUUCAAAUCGUAAUAACGUUUUUCCAAGAUUUGUACGCUCUUUUCGAAAUAAAAAUGUGCGAGCCCUCUGUUUUCGAAGAUUUGAAGACAAAAUAUCAACAGUUGCAAGUAGAAUGUGAGCAGGUGAAUCAGCACUUGCACGAUUACCGCCGACAAAUAAAAAUAGCGCAAACGCUUGAGGCCGAAUACCAGGAGGAAAUCAGGCUUUUGCAGUCUCAGGGGACUCUCGAGGCGCAGAAACUGAAGGAGAAAGUGCACCAGUUGGAGGAGAGUAUUGUGGAGCUGAAGUCGUCCCACAACGAGCGAAUUGAGAACUUGGAAAAAGAGCUGGCAAAAAAGGAAGAGGAAAUCGAUGGUUUGAAGAAAGAGUUGAAGGAUGUUGAAAAAUUAUCACAGUCGCAAAACCCGGAAAGCGACAGUAAGCUACUCGACCAAAUAAGCAAACUGGAACAGCUGAAUUUCGAUUUGAACGAAAAACUUUGUGAGCUGGAGCAGUCGCUUGAAUCGAGCGAACAAAAAAACGCCACCCUCCAAGAAACGGUAAAAGAGCUGGAAGCACUAACGGCUGAAUACAAAGAGAGUCUCGACUGCAAAAGACAGGAGCUUGCGGAAGCUAACAUUUUAUUGGAAAAUCUCAAAGAUGAGAAUCUGGCCAUCAAGUCCCAGCUGGAUAUGGUUACUAGUAAACCUCUAGAUGAUAAAAGCCAGGGAAAUUCGCUAUUUGCGGAAGUUGACGACAGACGUGUCCAAUUGCAACAAAACAUGAACACGAUGAAAUCACAAUACCUGGAAAUGAAGCGCGAAAGGGCGUCUUAUUUGAAGCAAAUCCGAGCAUUGCGUAACGAAAACGUGGAAUUAAUGGCGAAAAUGGAAGCCGAAAUUAAGGGUCGCCAAGAAGAUGAAGAAAUGAUUUCGGAAACUUACAAAAAUCAAAUUAACGCUUUGAACGAGCUGAUUGCAAGCUAUCAAAAGGAAAGGGAAAGCUGUAAUUUAAACCUUAAAGAUGUCCCACCUUCAGCUUCCGGCAUGAUGAAGUAUUUUGACAACAUGCUUGCAAUGAAAAAUAAAGAAAUGGAAGACUUGAGGCAACUGUUAAGCAGCGCUUCGCUGAAUACAAUUACUCAGAGGCACAACUUAAUUGAAGCUCAAAGAGAGAUCAGAAAAAAUAAUUUAGAAAUUCUCCAGCUGAAGAAUGAAAUUGGACAACUUAAUAUGAAAAUAGAGGAAAUGCAAAUGGUCAGUCCGACUGAAAAAACACCUGAGAUCAAACAAAUUGAAGAAAUUAAAAAUGUGAAUAAAACCAACAAAGAAAACGAAGGCGACAAAAAUGUCCAGUUCAGUGAAGACACCCUAGACCCGAAAGUGACCGACCGGAAGAAAUUGAGGAAGAACGCAAAAACGUUUGUUUUACAAUCUAUCCAUUAUGAUUAAUUUUAUUUACAUUGUACUUAUUAAUAAAUAUUUACGCGUU